AUGGCGGCGUCUUCCCAGAAACCCCAAGGCAAGAAGAAGGCCAGAGACCCCCCAAAGUUCAACAAGUCCUCCAAACAGCCAUUCAAACCAAACAAGGACCGAAACGACACUGCCCGGUCCGAAGCCGUCGCUUUGCAGCUGGAAGACGACGUCCCUGAUUUCCCCAGAGGUGGAGGAAGUGCUUUGAACAGACAGGAGCGCAAUGAAAUUCGGGCUGAAGUCGAUGCAGAAUUUGAGGCAGAGGAGCGGGAGAUGAAGAAAAGAAAGAAGAUAGGGAUGCAGAAGAAGAGUCUCUCAUCGGAGGACGAUUUGGGUUCGCUUUUCGGUGAUGGUAUUACUGGAAAACUACCUAAAUAUGCAAACAAGAUCACUAUGAAGAACAUAUCUGCUGGAAUGAAGGUUUGGGGAGUUGUUGCUGAAGUAAAUGAGAAGGACCUUGUAAUUAGCCUUCCAGGGGGAUUGCGUGGAUUAGUUCGUGCUUCUGAAGCUUUGGAUCCUAUUUUGGAUAAUGAAACGAAGGCUGUAGCAGAUAAUCUCCUUGCUAGCGUAUUCCAUGUUGGACAGCUGGUAUCUUGCAUUGUGUUGCAGUUGGAUGAGGAUAAGAAAGAGAAAGGGAAAAGGAAGAUCUGGCUUUCUUUGCGCCUAUCUUUGUUGCAUAAGGGCUUCACUUUGGAUUCUGUCCAAGAAGGCAUGGUCCUUACUGCAUAUGUUAAAAGCAUUGAAGAUCAUGGUUACAUGCUUCAUUUUGGCUUAUCUUCAUUCACGGGAUUUUUGCCCAAAAAUAGCCAAGCUGAUAGCAAGGAGAUUCAAGUGAACACUGGGCAACUACUUCAAGGCGCUGUUAGAAGUAUUGAUAAAGUCCGCAAGGUUGUGCAUUUGAGUUCAGACCUAGAAACUGUAUCAAAAUGUGUGACCAAGGAUCUCAAGGGAAUUUCAAUUGAUCUACUUGUUCCGGGCAUGCUGGUUAAUGCUCGUGUGCUAUCCACCCUUGAAAAUGGGGUUAUGUUAUCAUUUCUUACUUACUUUACUGGAACUGUUGACAUAUUUCAUCUGCAAAAUAGUUACCCUACCCUAAACUGGAAGGAGGAUUAUAAUCAACACAAGAAGGCAAGUGUUAAUGCUCGAAUAUUGUUUAUUGACCCUUCAACUAGAGCUGUUGGUUUGACGCUGAAUCCACAUCUUGUCCGCAACAAGGCUCCUCCUUCACCUGUCAAAAUUGGAGACAUAUGCGAUGGCUCAAAAGUAGUCAGGGUAGAUAGAGGGUUGGGUCUUCUGCUUGAAAUACCAUCUACCCCGGUUUCAACUCCGGCAUACGUUAGUAUAUGUGAUGUGGCUGAAGAGGAAGUUCGGAAGCUUGAAAAGAAGUUCAAGCAAGGUAGUCAUGUUCGUGUCAGAGUUCUUGGUUUUAGGCACUUGGAAGGACUUGCGACAGGGAGUUUGAAGGCCAGUGCUUUUGAAGGGACAGUGUUCACUCACUCAGAUGUCAAGCCUGGGAUGGUGGUGAAAGGUAAAAUCAUAGCUGUUGACAGCUUUGGUGCUAUAGUGCAAUUUCCUGGUGGUGUGAAGGCACUUUGCCCUCUUAAUCAUAUGUCUGAAUUUGAAAUUGCAAAGCCUAGAAAAAAAUUUAAGAUUGGAGCUGAACUUCUGUUCCGUGUGCUUGGUUGCAAGUCCAAGAGAAUAACCGUUACACACAAGAAAACACUUGUGAAAUCUAAUCUUGGGAUUGUAAGUUCAUAUGCUGACGCAGCUGAUGGAUUAAUAACCCAUGGCUGGAUAAGAAAGAUUGAGGAACAUGGAUGCUUUAUCCAUUUUUACAAUGGGGUCCAAGGAUUUGCACCAAGGCAAGGCCCUGACCACUUAGCUUGCAAAUUUAAUUAG